AUGCACUGCCCGGUAGCUACCUUACAGCAAUACCUGAUGGUGCGUGGGAACAAGGCGGACUGUCUGUUCCUACUCCGUGCGGCCACGUUUGCUGCUCUUAAUGGUCUGUCGGAUCCGCAAAUCCGUGCUCUAGGCAGAUCGUCGUCGGAUGCCUUCAAAAAGUACAUCCUGUUUCUCCCCUCAGUCUCCGCCGCAGCCAGUCUCCCCUCAGUCUCUCCGCAGUUUCCGCCACAGCCAGUCUCCCCUCAGUCUCUCCGCAGUCUCCCCGCAGUCUCCCCUCAGUCUCUGCCCCACCCAGUCUCCCCUCAGUCUCCGCCGCAGCCAGUCUCCCCUCAGGCCCUCCGCAGUUUUCGCCGCAGCCAGUCUCCCUGGGUCUCCCCGCAGUCUCCCCUCAGUCUCCACUCCAGCCAGUCUCCCCUCAGUCUCCGCCCCAGCCAGUCUCCCCUCAGUCUCUCCACAGUUUCCGCUACAGCCAGUCCUCCCUCAGUCUCCCCGCAGUCUCCCCUCGGUCUCCACCCCAGCCAGGCUCCCCUCAGUCUCCACCGCAGCCAGUCUCUCCGCAGUCUCCGCCGCAGCCAGUCUCUCCGCAGUCUCCGCCGCAGCCAGUCUCUCCACAGUCUCCGCCCCAGCCAGUCUCCCCUCAGUCUCCACCCCAGCCAGUCUCCCCUCAGUCUCUCCGCAGUCUCCCCGCAGUCUCCCCUCAGUCUCUACGCAUCUCCCCGCAGUCUCCCCUCAGUCUCUGCCCCAGCCAGGCUCCCCUCAGUCUCCGCCGCAGCCAGUCUCUCCGCAGUCUCCGCCCCAGCCAGUCUCCCCUCAGUCUCCACCCCAGCCAGUCUCCCCUCAGUCUCUCCGCAGUUUCCGCUACAGCCAGGCUCCCCUCAGUCUCCACCCCAGCCAGUCUCCCCUCAGUCUCCACCGCAGCCAGUCUCUCCGCAGUCUCCGCCGCAGCCUGUCUCUCCGCAGUCUCCGCCGCAGCCAGUUUCCCCUCAGUCUCUCCGCAGCCAGUCUCCCCUCAGUCUCUCCGCAGUUUACCGCUACAGCCAGUCCUCCCUCAGUCUCCACCCCAGCCAGUCUCCCCUCAGUCUCCACCGCAGCCAGUCUCUCCGCAGUCUCCGCCGCAGCCUGUCUCUCCGCAGUCUCCGCCGCAGCCAGUCUCCACUCAGUCUCUGCCCCAGCCAGUCUCCCCUCAGUCUCCGCCGCAGCCAGUCUCCCCUCAGUCUCUCUGCAGUCUACGCCGCAGCCAGUCUCCCCUCAUUCUCUCCUUGUAUACACGUAAUUUUUGUUGCGGUUUCCAACGGGUGAGCACGAACUGUUUGAUACUAGCGAAGAGCAGUUGAAAGUAUGCAAGGCAUUUCUCUAUACUAUAAGGAUGACACAAAGAUAAUUUGACCUGUUUCGAUCUUUAAUGCAACUGUCUUCAUCAGAAUGACAAGUUAAUAUCGCACCGUUCUUGUUGAUAUGCCGUUUAAUUUACGCCCUACCAUGACCAACAUAAUGGUUCUUUAUGUUAUACGUGAUUUCAUUAUGG